ACAGGAAAUAGCAGGUGUGUGUGUGUGUGUGUGUGUGUGGACUUUACACACUGUCCGAAGACGUUUAGUUGAAAGAAACUUGGAUUGAAUUCCUCAAUGAUGCUGAAGGUCGGGUUCCUGUGCGCUAAAAACACACUGUGUGCUGUGAAUGCGGUUUAUCUGGUGGUGGGCGUGUCCCUCAUGGCAGUGGCUGGUUAUGGGAAAAGUUUUGGCAUUGUGUGGAGUUUGAGCAUCAUCAGUGUAGUCAUGGUGGUGGGAGUCUUCCUCAUCUUCAUCUCCAUGCUGGGGAUCUUCGGAACUCUGAGACAAAACCAGAUCGUCCUGUUCACUUACAUCCUGGCGAUGAUGUUAGUGUUUUUCUUCCAGUUCACUGUGUCGUGUUCCUGCCUCGCUUUAGGGAGAGAAAAACAGGAGAAGUUACUCAGCGUGUCCUGGGAGAUGAUGAGUGAUGAAACUCGUCGGUCUCUGGAGCAGCAGCUGGAUUGUUGUGGUCUGAUGAACAGCGCUGAAAAGCUACAUGUGUUCCGUACAGAUGUGAAAGUGUGCACUGCUGUGUGUAAAACAACAGCUCACUGCUUCACAUGUGGAGAUUUGAUGCUGCACCACGCUGCGGAGACGCUCAGAGUCCUGGGAGGAGUCGGAUUAUUCUGCAGCUUCUCACAGCUCGUGACUGUCUGGUUGGCUGUUCAAUACAGAAACCAAAAGAACCCUCAGAUCAGCUCUACAACCUCGUCAUAACCACCAAAACUGUGUGAUCAUCUUCUAGUGUGUGAUUCUAGAUUAAUUUUAUUUUUAUUAACACUUUAAUUUGUUUGUUAAAAAGAAUUCACCUGAAAUCUCAAUAAAUAUAUAUCAAGUUUA